UGCAACCUUAAUAGUGUCAUUUCUUCUCCUCCUCAGAACUAUCCCCUCUACAUCCGGAGCGUUCCGACCGAAAACGAGCUCAAGUUCCACUACACCGUGCACACUUCCCUCGACGUCGUGGAUGAGAAGAUCUCUGCGAUGGGCAAGGCUCUGGUGGAUCAGAGGGAACUGUACCUAGGGCUCCUCUACCCCACUGAAGACUACAAGGUCUACGGCUACGUGACAAACUCGAAGGUGAAGUUUGUGAUGGUGGUGGAUUCUUCCAACACAGCACUUCGGGACAAUGAGAUCCGCAGCAUGUUCCGAAAGCUGCAUAAUUCAUACACGGACAUCAUGUGUAACCCUUUUUAUAACCCUGGGGACCGUAUCCAUUCCAGGGCUUUUGAUAACAUGGUGAACUCCAUGAUGAUGCAGGUCUGCUGAAGCUUCCCCUCUGAGGGUGGAGAACAGCCCCUGGGUACAGGAGGGUGCCUGCAAAGCGAUGUAUAUAUUGUCUUCAUUCUGUGUAAUAUUUUAAGUUUAUUCCGUGCAAAAUAAACUUGUCACCUGCAA